AUGGCUCAAUCAUUUGAUAUAUGCGAACAUAUGAUACUUGCUCAAGCUCUUGCUGAUAAUUUUUCAGCAUCGGCUGAUAUGGCUCUUUCACUUAGUAACAGUUUACGAAAAUAUAAAGCGUUCGAUGGAACUGAUGUCAUGUCUCAUUAUCUAUAUUUAUAUCAUCUUUCGCAAUCUAAUAUUGGUAAGACAACUAAAUUAGUUUAUAAAGAACUUAAAGCAACUAUAACAAAAACGCCAGAUAAAUUCACAAGAGAACAAUUUAAAUUUCCGAUAGAAAAAAUCCUAGCUGCGUCACGUUCUGCCCAUGACCAAUUAAAUGGACUUUCAGGUGGAUGUAAUCCAGCUGUACGUUCUUUUCCGCUUGCUUGUUGUCCAUGGAUCUAUGAUAAUAAUCUUUUUCAAAUAGCAUGUGAUGAAGCACGUCUUACACAUUUUAGUUCUAUAUCUGGGCAAGUAUCUGGUUUAACUAACUUGAUCUGUCGACGUUUAAUCAGAGGUGAUGGAUGGAAUGAUGCUAUAAAAACUGCUUUUUCAACUGCUCCUGAUCUGUUGCAUGAAAUUCAAGAAAUUCAACAUCGAUAUGAAAAUGAUACUAUUCUUAAUUCUUGUGUACAUGUCGCAUAUGCACCAAAUACGUUACAUACUGCAUUAUAUUGUGUUACAAAGGCUGAUUCAUAUCAAAGUGCAUUGACGUAUGCACGUGAACUUGAAGCAGAAUUUUGUCCGAUUCUAGUUGGUAUAUUAGCUGGUGCUCGAUGGGGUGUGCCACCAUCAAUGUUAGACAAGUUUCCUAAAGAUAAAUUGAACGAAAUACGCAAAGUAGCAAAACGUUUUGCUGAUGAAUGGAAGAGACGAUUAUGA